GGCAUCCCCAAAUUUCUCAAUAUUCUUAUCUUAAACCCCACCUGAUUUUUAACAUAAUAACGAUCACCUACAAAACCCUGCUAAGACAGACGCUACAUUGCAGUUAACCAUGGCCGCCACAUCUAGAUUCCUUCGGUUGAAUAGAACCCACCUCCAGUCCCUCCAUCUCUUCCGUCCCCCAAUUGCAAUCGGAACCCGAAACAAGCUGAUCGACAUCUCCGCUGGUUCUCCAUUACCGAGCACCAACUCUGUAGCUUCUGAACUUCUGUUGUGCGCCGACCUCCAACCUGCCGGAAAAAUCCAUCCUCGAAUCAAGAUCCGCGAUAGGCUCUUCCGCAGUAAAUAUGAUAAUCCCGAUUUUGGUCAAUAUGGCCCAUAUACCUCGGACGAUGACCUCGGUUAUGGUAGUUCAAUUGAUGAGGGUCUUUACAGCGAUUCAAGUGAUGAUGAUGAUGACGACGACGACCACAACUUUAAGAAUGGUCGAGAUGACCAAGAUCCCCAAGGAAAAGGUAAAAGGACAACCAAAAAGAAGGGAGGAAAAGCAUAGCAGCCAAUGGGAAGUUGAAUGCCCGAAGUUAGAAAUGUCUUUCACUUGUUUAAACUCUAGAUAGUCAACCAAUUUUCUCAGUCUUGAGGCUUUUUUUAUAGUUAUUGAGGGUUAAAUUGUUACUACAUUGCUACUAAAGCUAAUAAUGCAUCGUUUGGGUUUGGGGAGUUUAAUUCUUAAACUAUAUUUGGAUUAUGGAGAUACUCUGUAGUCUGUAAUGACUUCAACAAAUUCGUUUAUAUUCCGGUUUUGUGUUUGAAUUUUCCUUAAUGUUGCUGAUAUAAUAAUGUACUGUUAACAUGGCAAUCGUUUAUGCAUGUUUUUUUUGUUAUUGGACCUUCA